GCAGCCAGGCAUCGUAGAAGAGAGGAACUCAUUGGGAGCGAGGAGGAUAGGGACAAAACAGGGGGUGCAGGAAAGGGACUGGGGGGUUACAAUAUAAUCAGAAAAGGGAAUCGGGAUUCAGAGGCACAUAGGUUAUGGCUGCACAAUGGAAUGAAGCUGUGUUCUCUGCCCGGAGAAGACAUGAUGAUGAUGAUGAAGAGACGACGAGAAGCAGUGUUUUCACAUAUACAAAUUUCAACAACACACGGGGUCCAUUUGAAGGUCCAAAUUACCACAUUGCACCACGGUGGGUCUAUCACGUCACCACCCUCUGGAUGAUAUUUGUGGUCAUAGCCUCUGUAUUUACAAAUGGUCUAGUUUUGGUUGCCACCUAUAAAUUCAAGAAACUCCGGCACCCUUUGAACUGGAUCUUGGUCAACUUGGCCAUUGCUGACCUCGGGGAGACAGUCAUCGCCAGCACCAUCAGCGUUGUCAACCAGUGUUUUGGUUAUUUCAUCCUCGGACAUCCGCUUUGUGUCAUAGAAGGUUACACAGUUUCCACCUGCGGAAUCACCGCUCUCUGGUCCUUAACUAUAAUUGCCUGGGAAAGAUGGUUUGUAGUCUGCAAGCCUUUUGGGAACAUUAAGUUUGAUGGCAAGCUUGCAUGUGCAGGCAUAGUGUUCUCGUGGAUCUGGGCAGCUAGCUGGUGCGCACCGCCUAUGUUUGGUUGGAGCAGGUACUGGCCUCAUGGCUUGAAGACCUCUUGUGGUCCAGAUGUGUUCAGUGGGAACACCGAUCCAGGAAUUCAGUCAUAUAUGAUGGUUCUUAUGAUCACCUGUUGCAUCGCCCCUCUGUCCAUCAUCAUCCUGUGCUAUAUACAAGUUUGGUGGGCCAUCCGGAAGGUUGCUCAGCAGCAGAAGGAAUCAGAAUCCACCCAGAAAGCUGAGCGUGAGGUCUCCAGGAUGGUAGUAGUGAUGAUCAUUGCAUAUAUCUUUUGCUGGGGACCAUACACCUUUUUUGCUUGCUUUGCUGCUGCCAAUCCGGGUUACAGCUUCCACCCUCUGGCUGCCUCACUACCUGCCUACUUUGCCAAGAGUGCCACCAUUUACAAUCCAGUUAUUUAUGUCUUCAUGAACAGACAGUUCCGGAACUGUAUCUAUCAACUCUUUGGAAAAAAAGUCGAUGAUGGAUCCGAGUUGUCCACUUCUUCCCGGACAGAAGUGUCUUCGGUUUCCAAUUCCUCAGUGUCACCUGCAUAAAUUACCCAUGGCCCUUAUAUUUUAUCCUUUUUCUAGCAUUUUAUUUGUCUUUUUUUUUCUCUGCUCAUUCUGUAUAUAAAUCUCUUUGCAGGGGGAGCUAUAGCCAUAUAUUCAUACAAUACAAUAAUUAAAUAUUUGUAUUUGCAGC